AUGGACGGUCAGUGGGAUAUUAUAAUCUCCUUGUUACAAGAGCUGUAUAACGCUAAUGAGAAGAUAAGCUUCGAUGAUCCUGUGAAUGAAAAAAGAAUAAAUUUCCAGAAUCUCUCAGAAGACCAAUUAAAAUCGCAACUCGAACGUUUCCAAGAACACAACCAAAAUAUCAAGCUUGCAAGGGGGCUGUUAGUUACCAUCCUACAAAAUUUGGAGCCUGUAUUACAAUAUGUUAGAGAAAAUUCACAAAAUGGUGAAGGUAUGAACGUAAAAAAUAAUGAAGCAGAUAGCAGGGGAAGGUCUUACUGGUCUAAUCCACACAACCCAAACGAACCCAUCCUGGUAGGUUCUGAAGUGGCUUACAAGCCUAAGAGAAGUGGUGACGGUGAGUGGUUUCAAUGCGAAGUUGUGAAAAUAUCUGGCGAUGGGACAAAGUUCGAGGUCCGCGAUCCUGAGCCGGAUGAAUUUGGUAACCAAGGCCAAAUGUACAAAUGUAACUGGAAGGACAUUAUUCUAAUACCGCCGCCACACUUACCUAAACAAAUGACCCCCAAUUAUCCGGCAGGUACGAAAGUCUUAGCAAGGUAUCCGGAAACAACUACCUUUUAUCCUGCAUUUGUCAUUGGGAACAAAAGGGAUGGCACUUGUCGUCUUCGUUUUGAUGGUGAAGAUGAGGUAGAUAAGGAAACAGAGGUCAGUCGCCGACUUGUUCUGCCAUUUCCUUCAAGAAGAUGA